UUUCAGACUGCAACUGAAGUCUUGGUUCAGGUAAGACACAGAAGAAAUGGAGGGAAAGACAUGCUGAGACUUGGAAUGACAUGGAGACAAACAUUUUGGAUCUGAAAAUGAAAGAGUGCUUGUGAUGCUCCUCUGUGCUGUUCCCAGCCUUUGAAUGAUGGCGCAAUUCCUGCCAGUGCAGUAAGAUUUUCUGAUCUGGUACUGGAGUGUGCCUUUUGGAAGGACUUGUCCACCUCAUUGUAUCAAAGAAUCCAAAUCCUGAUGUGAAAUGAGUACACAAUUCCGCAAACUGCUUUUUGAAGUUUCUGAGGCUUUGGUCACAGAUGAACUGGCAGCUCUUAAAUUCCUCAGCCUGGACCAUGUCCCCAGGAGGAAGCUGGAAGCCAUCCAGGACCCCAAGGCCUUCUUUGAAGGGCUGCAGGAAAAAGACCUGAUCGGGCUAGAGAACCUGUCCUUCCUGAAGGAGCUGUUGUACCGGAUCAAUCGGAUCGACCUCCUGACUGCCCACCUGGGCUCCAGCCGGGAGGAGAUGGAGAGAGAGCUGCAGGUCCCAGGCAGGGCACGGGUGUCAGCUUACAGACAACUGCUGUAUGGAAUUGCAGAGGACUUGAUUCCAGGAGACGUCGGAAGUGUGAAGUUCCUGCUCCAAAAAAAAUUACCAAAGAACAAGCUCCAGGAAAAUGCUUCAAUGCUGCAGGUCUUUAUGGAAAUGGAAAUAAAUGGGUUAAUUAAAGAAGAUAACCUGACAAUGCUGAAAGAUAUAUUACAGAGAGUUAGACCUGACCUAAAGAAAAAAAUUGAUGCCUAUGAAGAAAAAAGAAAAGAAAAUUAUUCUAGGGAAGAAGUUUGUUAUCCUGUGUCUGUGUCCGCACUUCCAGAGGAACAAGGAGCAGAGGGGGAGGCAGCAAAACAGCAUGGGAAAAUAUAUAAGAUGAAAAAUAACCCCCAUGGUUACUGUUUAAUUCUUAACAACCACAAAUUUAAAAAUCCACUUCACAAUAGAGAGGGAACAUUGCAAGAUGGAGAGGCUGUGAAGAGGGUUUUUAAGUGGCUUCAGUUUGAGACAGUUGAGGAAAUGAAUCUAGAAGGACAAAAAAUACGUGAGACAGUUAAAGAAUACAGCAAAAAAGAUCAUAGAAAUAUGGACUGUUUUGUUUGCUUCAUUUUCUCCCAUGGUGAAAAAUACAAAAUAAAAGGUGUUGAUGAUGAGUGCGUAAAUAUCGAAGAAUUAGUCUCCUGCUUCACUGGAACUAAGUGUCCUUCUCUUGCUGGCAAACCCAAGGUGUUUAUCAUCCAGGCUUGCCAAGGCUCUGGACAUCAUCCAUCUGUUACAGUAGAAGCAGACUCUUCUGGACACCUUGAGGUGGAUGCUAGUCCUUUGAUUUCCAUUCCUGAUAAGGCUGAUUUUCUGAUUGGCAUGUCUACAGUGGAGGACUACCCAUCCUUCCGCAGUUGUGAGACUGGCAGUGUUUACAUUCAAUCCCUCUGUAGGAAGAUGGAGUUGCUUUGCCCACAGGGCGAGGAUCUCACAGCUAUCCUGACAGAAGUGAACAAUGAAGUAGCAGGAAGAGAAUUAGCAGGAUCUAAGCAGAUGCCAAAGAUAACAUCAACACUACUGAAGCGAUUAAUCUUUGAAGUUCCACAAAGAAAAGUAGACAAAUAAGAAACACUCGGUUAGGAAUGACAUCUGGAGUGGGCUUGGACAUGAAAGAAAAUUUACAUAAGAAAUUAUUUGGAUCUAUGGAGUAGCCCCAGCCUUUUAAGGAGGCAUGGUUCCUAAAUUUUCCAACUUCCAUAUUGAAUCAGUCUUCUGACACCUGGAUCUGUAGCAGUUGGAUAAGGGUGUGGAAAACUGCAGAUCAUUUUUGUCCUGCAGAAGAAGUGGAGUAUGUUCAGUCUGGGUUUCAAGUAAGAAAGGACUUUCAAGUAAUAUUGUAAAAGUUAUUUGAAAUGUCAAGAAAGCCCCAUUUGUGUCUGAGUUGUUUUAAGUCCCUAAAAUCUGAAAAAAAAAAAGAACAGAUUCAGAAUGCCAGACGCAUUCCUAGGUAGCAUGUGUAAGGUUGUAACUGUCUUGAUUAUGAUUGUUUAUAACAAUGAUUAUGUUAGUUUGUUCUUUUCUUCUAAAUAUUUGGUUCAGUUGAAGACAAUAUUUUACUUGAAUAAGCAGCCCAACUCUAAGGGUUUAUCAAUAAUAAAAGUUCUCACUUUGUUAUUUCUCAGAGCUCUCAGGGCACAGUGUGUCUUGAAUUACUCUGGAAUACUGUAAGCAAGCUGUGUAAUCGUGUUUCUGUUAUAAUAAAUUCUCUUUGUUUUUAUAUCA